CAAUUCCCCUUCCUGGAGAAGCUCGAAACAAGCCUCUGAAUCAGUUUCCAUAGCCACCCUUCUAUAAACGUCUCGCAAAAAUCGAUCACCAAAUUAAGGUGUACACAAUUGUUUAAGAGCAGGAACAACAACAGCAAAGAUGCAAAACCCUAGUCGCGGAGAUGCGGAAAAUUUUCGUAUUCGAAGACUGGAGAUCGCAGACAAAGGCAAGGGCUUUCUCGAACUGUUAAGUCAAUUGACUGUGUGUGGUGCUGUGUCGGACGAAGAAUUCACGGAGAGGUUUGAAGAAGUGGCCAAAUACGGGGAUGAGCAUAUGAUAUGCGUGAUCGAAGAUGUCCGAUUGGGGAAAAUUGUUGCGAGUGGGAGUGUUUUUGUGGAGAGGAAGUUCAUCAGGAAGUGUGGGAAAGCUGGUCACAUUGAGGAUGUGGUUGUUGAUUCCAGCGUCCGUGGAUUGCAAUUGGGGAAGAGGGUUGUUGAGUACUUGGUGAAUCAUGCCUGUUCAGUGGGGUGUUACAAGGUGAUUCUUGACUGCAGUGAGGACAACAAGCCAUUCUAUGAGAAAUGUGGGUUCAUGAAAAAGGAGGUUCAGAUGGUGAAGUACUUCGUUUGAUUCAUUCAUUUAUUUUGGGUGACGAGGGAACUCGCAUUCACUAUCUGAGGGAGGGUGUGCAUUAGUGUAUAUUCAGUAAACCCGUCUUGUGACCCUAGUCGGCAAAAGACAACAAGGAUGUAUAGCUGACGGGCUCAAAUCAAGAAUAUGACCUUGGUUACAAGUUUUGUUUUUUUCUUGUUAGCCUUCUUGGCUGGGUUAUCCCCAACUUCGUUUGAUUUAUUGUUUCUUACACAAAAUGGUAGUUGAACUCAAAGUUUUGCACUUAUUGCCAUGGUUUUGUAGUCCUUCAUAUUCAUCAACCCCAUCAAAAGAAACAUCAUAAGUGCAUGUAGUAGUAUUAUCUGUUUCUUGCUAACCUGUCAAAUGGAUUAAAGGCUGUAAUGUUUCUUGCAAA